AUGCGCCCGGCCCGCACCCCCUCCAGUGGGGAGCCGAGGACGCGCGGGGCCGACCAGGGGCGGGUGAGCGGGCGGGCAGCUUGCUCUGAGAGCCUUGGGGCGCGCGCGUGCGUCUUGCCGCCGGCGGCGUUGGAACGCGAGCCCUCCGCUGUCUGCGUCAGGAGGUGUGAGAGCCGCGGGGCGCAUUCGCCCCGGCACGAGCUGCUGGGCAACCAGACUGGAGUUCACUCAGUGGGUUUGAUGUGGUGGAUGCUGGCCCAGGAAGUUCUGUGCAUGUGUGGUACCAUCUCCAGUGAGCACCCAUGGGAGGUCAUGCCUGAUCUCUACUUCUACAGAGACCCUGAAGAGAUUGAGAAGGAAGAGCAGGCAGCUGCUGAAAAGGCUGUGACCAAGGAGGAAUUUCAGGGUGAAUGGACUGCACCAGCUCCUGAGUUCACUGCAGCUCAGCCAGAGGUGGCAGACUGGUCUGAAGGCGUGCAAGUGCCCUCCGUAUCUACCCAGCAGUUCCCUACUGAAGAUUGGAGUGCCCAGCUGGCCACUGAGGACUGGUCUGAAGCCCACACUUCUCAGGCCGCUGAAUGGGUUGGAACAACCACUGAGUGGUUGUGA